UCGGUUGGGGCGUCUGUGCCGCAGAUGAUUCCCCACUAUGCUCAGCCUCCCAACCCGGCCCUUAGACACUAUGCGCCGAUGCAGAAUGGUUAUCAGACCAUGCCAGCGCACGCCCCUCAUGGCACAAUACCUCCUCCGGUGUCUUGAUUGAUUACGGUGAGAAAGGUUGGAAGGCUUCAUAAUGCUGUUCUUUAGCGACCACCCACUCUACAACUCCUCUUUUGGUAUGCAAACAUUUGCUUAAUUUCCUUGAUUGUAUUUGAAAUAGAGAUUGAUUUACCAAACAGUUUAUUGUUUCUCUGCUCAAAACUGGUCUCAUGGAUUACAAAUUGAAUGAUAUGGCACAGUUUGAACAAAUGUAUUUCUCCCAUUUGUCAUGCUAAACAAUGUUUGGUUGUGUCAUGUUCAUUUAGUUGGCUUUUAUCUGGUAGUUAUAAGGGUAUUUUCUCUUUAAUGGGUUCUUCAAACUUGAACUACCGGCAGCAGACUAUGUUAGCAACUGAGUGCCCGAUACAUUUUCCAAGGUAUCACAAUCUUUUUUAAAUUACUCUCUCUCUCCGUCUCUGGUUUUCUCUCCCUGUGUUUGUUAUGCUGAGCAUUGGGUUGUUAACAGUUGAGUUAUUUAGUGCCUGUGGAACAUUAAAUUAUACUUGUAACGUCCAUUGCAUUGGUGUGAUGAGACACUCGAAGUCUCGUGUUACUCGAUUUCAAAACGUCACAAUUGAUGCAUGGGGUAGUUUGAGAAGGCUACCAUUUUACAAGUGGAUGUACAAGGAAUUCCUCGUUAUCCUUCUCCAUACACGACGAUGAUUCGGUCACCAUUUCCUCCACGUCCUCCAGGAGCAAUUGGCAUGCUCCCCAUUUUGUCACGUCCACCUGUUCCAGGAAUUCGUCCUCCAAUUAUCCCUCCUGUUGUUAGGCCAUCUGUUGCUCCAAGUGUAACACCAGCAGAAAAACCCCAAACCACAGUUUAUGUUGGGAAGAUAGCAUCGACUGUGGAAAAUGAUUUCAUGCUCUCUCUCCUUCAACUUUGUGGACCUGUCAAGAAUUGGAAACGCGCUCAAGAUCCCACAAAUGGAACUCCAAAAGGUUUUGGAUUUUGUGAAUUUGAUUCUGCUGAAGGGGUUUUACGUGCAUUACGGCUGCUGAGUAAAUUAAAUGUUGAUGGGCUAGAAUUGGUGUUAAAUGUUAAUCAAGCAACACGAGAGUUUUUAGAGAGUUAUGUUGAAAAGAAAAAAGAGAACUCAAAGAAACUCAAAACUGAAACUGAAGGGACUGAUAAAGAGGAAGAAAAUGCACCUGGUGUUGAGAAAACUGAAUCUCCAAAGCCCUCAGUUGAGGACACAGAAAAAGAUGACAAUGAUUUGCGGAACAAAGAAACUCAUGAUGUCGCCAACUUUGGCAUGGUGACCGAUGAAGACAGGGAAGCAGAUCGUGAGGCUUUUGAGAAGCUUACAGGCAUGCUACAAGAGAGGUUAAAGACCAGGCCUUUACCACCACCUCCUUCGCAAACAUCUGUCGAUGGUUCUGGCAACUCAAACUCAGAACAGCCGGCUAAAUCAAAAGAUGGGGACUCGGAUGUGGACAUAGUGAAAAAUGAUGCAGCAGAAGAUAAAAACGAUAAUGAGAUGACAAGUGAAAGAAGAAGUACAGGUGACCAUGAUAGACCUGAAACGAGCUCACCUGACAGGAGUAGAAGGCAUGAUAGGAGGAGCAGAGACAAAGAGCGUGAUCUGAAACGAGAAAAGGAGAGGGAACUUGAAAGAUACGAGAGAGAAAGGGAGCAAGAACGAGCUACUAGAGAGAGGCAAAGAGAAUUAAAGAUCCGGGAGGAUGAGCAUAGGUACAAUGUCCUUGUUAAGGAUUGGGAAUCUAGAGAAAGAGAAAAAGAACGAAAGCGGAAGCAGGAGAAAGACAGGGAGAAAGAAAGGGAAUACAAGCGCAGGCGGGAUAUUACGGAUCAGGAGCCUGAAAGUGAUGAUGAGGACACCAAAAGGAGGAAACAUAAGAGUUAUAGCUCAGAUGAGAGGAGGAGGAGGCUAAGGGAAAAGGAGGAGGACUUGGUUGAUAGAUUAAAAGAAGAGGAAGAAAUUGCGGAGGCCAAGAGGAGGGCUGAUGAGGAACAGAAACAACAUAGACAGCAGGAGCAAGAUGCGUUAAAACUUUCAUCUGUUCAUGUAACUAAUGGAAGUGAUGAGAUAAUGCCUGAUGGAACUGAUGUGGGGAGCAAAGAUAAGGCUGUUGAACGGACCUCUGAUGGUGAUUGUGGUCAUGAUGACCAUAUUGGUGAUGCGGUUCUACAAAAUGGCACUAGUGAUGAAUCCAUCAUGGAGUCAAUUUCGUCAGACACACGGCAGAGUAGCAAUGCCCCUGCUAGAAAGUUGGGGUUUGGUCUUGUAGGAUCAGGAAAACGAACUGCCGUCCCGUCUGUUUUCCAUGAGGAGGAGGAUGAGGAUGCACAAAAAGAGAAAAAGAUGAGGCCUCUAGUUCCCAUUGACUAUUCAACUGAGGAAUUGCAGGUUGGCCAACCUACUGUUUCUGGUGAACCAGCUUCAAAUUUAGUUGCGGCAGCAGAAUUUGCGAAGCGUAUCUCAAAUGUAACUCCCAAAGAAGAGAGACCUGAUAUGGAAAAGGAAAGAAGCCGGCGUUCCCAUGAUAGGUCUGGCCAGCGUGAUCGAGACCGAAAUGAGGAGAGUAAUCGUACCAGAAAUGAGACUAGAAAAGUGACUUUGGAUCGUGAGAGGGAUCGGGAACAUGGACUGGAUAGAGCGAAAACACCAGAUAAUCAGAAGCUUUUGGAUGCAAAACAGUUGAUUGAUAUGAUCCCCAAGACAAAGGAGGAGUUAUUCUCAUACAAAAUAAAUUGGGCUAUAUAUGAUGAGAAUGACCUGCAUAAACGAAUGAAACCAUGGAUCUCUAAGAAGAUUACAGAGUUUUUGGGAGAGGAAGAGAAAACACUGGUAGACUACAUACUUUCCAGCACUGCGGAGCAUGUGAAGGCAUCCGAUAUGCUUGAGAGGCUCCAGAUCAUCUUGGAUGAUGAAGCUGAAAUGUUUGUGCUGAAGAUGUGGAGGAUGCUUAUAUUUGAAAUUAAGAAAAUAGAGACUGGCCUUGCUUUGAGGUCUAACACCUGAUGGAAUUAGGUACCUGUGUUUUGCUUCUUUUAUCAUUGAUUUCUUAGAACAUUUAUAUAUUUUUUUUCCUUGAUGCUAUUGCUUUCCCGAUUACAUGUCAUUGUAGAAUUGUUAGGGGAUGAUGCUAUUUUGCAGUUUGUAAUGCUUCAAAUAUAAUAACUUGUUUUAGAUAAGUUUUUUAGAAGAAUGUACCCGAAUCUUUCAUUUUUUGUGAAAUAAUUGCUGAUGAAUGAUGAUGAUGGGUUGACCAUAA